ACGAGGUGGGAAGCGUGAAGGGAGGAACUCUUUGAACAUUCGGGGGACACGGACAUUCGAGUGGAGGUUCGUUCGUUUCCUUUCUCUUUGAACAAAGACUAACGGUGUUAUGUGUUAGUGUUAUGGUUGUUGGCAUCACAAAACGCGAUGAUGUUGCUACCUAUGUCCUACGAGGGCACGGUGCCCACGCCGCACGAAGGGAAGCUGGACUUAGCCACGGAUAUGGUCAUGGGACGCCAGGUGGCGCUGGACUUCCCCGAGGACACGAACAUGACCCGUGAGAGCGAGCACUGUGUCCCUUUGGAGGCGUACUCUCUGCCGAGCUGCGUGACCCUGCUCGGCUGCGUCCUCGCCCUCUGCGUCACCCUCAGGGGCAAGGUGCCCCAGCAGAGCCAAGAAGCGACUUACUUGGUCGUCAGUCUGAUCGUCAGCGUCUUCCUGCUGUCGUCAUUGUCUCUGGUCUACCUCGUGGUGCUCCUGAAGGUGCCCGAGGCGACCCUCAGGGACUCCUCCGCGUGCUACGUCAAGCUGUUCCAGCGGAUUCUCAGCGCCGUGUCCUGCCUCAGCCUCGCCUGCGUGGCGCUCGACCGCUACCUGGCCAUUUGCUGGCCGCUGCGCUACACCGACCUGCUGACGAAGACCCGCUCGCUCCUGCUCAUAGCCUGCAGCUGGCUCGCGCCCUUCCUCCUGCUGCUGCUGGCUUGCGUGGCCGACAUCUCGACGCUGUGCCUCGACAGCCGGCACACCAGCGCCACCCUCGCCACCUACGCCGCCCUCUACUUCCUCGGAGCCUCCUGCACCGUCGUCCUCUACGUCCUGGUCGCCCUCGAGUUCUGCAGGAGUCGAAGCGCGCUCCUCCCGAUGGCCUCGGCCGCGGACUUCGACGAGCGGGCCAAGAGCAAGACGACGGCCUCGGCGCUGACGGCGGCCGCGCUCUGCCUCUUCUCCAUCCCGCACACAGUCGUCCCACUCUUAAGCCCUGGCCUUCUCCACAUCAAUUUCAUUCUCGUUGUACACCUGCUCCAUCGUGUACAUAUACUCCUCUUCCUCCCCGUGUACGCCAAGAGUACUUUCAAGGCCGUUUGCGACAUGUUAAUGACAUGUCUGGUACGCGUUUGGGGUCGUUGUAACAGCUGGUGUCGCUCAGCUGAAGACGAGUCUGAGGCGAAGAUCGUGGAUGAGACGAUAUGAGUUUGUUUUGGGGAGUUUAUAUGUGUAUCUUUAUCUAUAUCAGUUUUAUCUGUCUGUCUAUUUGUCUGUCUGUUUAUACGUCUGUCUAUAUAUCUAUCUGUUUGUAUGUACUGUUAUAUUGUACAAAGAGUGUUGUUUUUUUGUUAUACAAUAAAUUAUUGUUUUUUUAUGUAGAUAUCGAGCUAUUUAUCUAUAUGUAGUUAUAGUGUACAAAAAGUUUUGGGUUUUGUUGCAUUAUAAAUUGUUAUUUUUC